AUGGCUGGUGUAGGUCCUAUUGUUAGGUGGAGAAAAGUUUCAGCGGCCACUGGGAAUGUCCCUAGAUCAAGACACGGACACAAAGCCGUGGCUAUCAAGGACUUGAUCGUGGUUUUCGGUGGUGGGAAUGAGGGAAUAGUGGAUGAACUUCACGUUUUCAACACGACAACCUGCCAAUGGUUUCUUCCCGCUGUACAUGGAGAUAUUCCGCCAGGAUGUGCAGCCUUCGGAAUGCUGGCAGAGAACACUCGUGUGCUCAUGUUUGGUGGCAUGCUUGAAUACGGCAAAUAUUCAGGUGACUUAUACGAACUACAAGCUUCUCGUUGGGAGUGGAAACGUCUAAAGCCUAAGCCUGCUAGAAAUGGCCCCUGUCCAUGUCCAAGGAUCGGGCAUAGUUUCACUCUUGUUGGUCAGCGAGCAUUUUUAUUUGGUGGAAUAACGAAUGACAGUGAUGACCCUAAAAACAAUAUACCAAGAUACUUAAACGAUCUGUACACUCUGGAAUUAAAACCCAAUUCAAGUACUAUGUGUUGGGAUAUUCCAAACACAUAUGGUCAGCCGCCUACACCUAGAGAAUCUCACAGUGCAGUAGCUUAUCAGGUCCUUGAUGGAAUGAUAAAGAAAUGGCGUCUUUUGGUAUAUGGUGGCAUGUCCGGUAAUCGACUUGGGGAUCUUUGGCAAUUAGAAAUUGAUACUAUGACAUGGAUCAAACCUAUCGUUAGUGGAGAUCUACCGGCUCCACGCAGUCUUCAUAGUGCAACUGUAAUCGGAAACCGCAUGUUUGUCUUCGGUGGAUGGGUUCCUUUGGUCAUGGAAGAAAUUAAAAUGACAGCUCAAGAAAAAGAAUGGAAGUGUACGAAUACUUUGGCUAGUCUUAAUCUCGACACGAUGGUUUGGGAACCAUUGACAAUGGAAGUUGCUGACGAAUGUCUUCUACCUCGAGCCCGUGCUGGACAUUGUGCUGUAGCUGUCCACAGUCGUCUGUACAUUUGGUCUGGUCGUGAUGGAUAUCGAAAAGCAUGGAAUAAUCAGGUUUGCUUCAAAGAUUUGUGGUUUUUGGAAACUGACCGUCCUGCCGCUCCAACAAGAGUUCAGUUAGUUCGUGCUGGCACACAAAGCCUCGAAGUAACGUGGGGUUCGGUGCCUACUGCAGAUGCUUAUAUUUUACAAAUUCAAAAGUAUGAUGUUUCUCCUUCCACAACUUCCACACAUUCCCUGACAUCUUCACCAGUAGAUACAAGUGGAAUUGUUAAAGCUCCAUUAACUGCAUCUGCUGGUUCUCUGAACUUUUCAAGAGCUGGUGCUAUCUCACAGGCCCUCAUUACCACACCAGCUACUGCUAAUUCGGUUCCAAUACCAACCCCCAUCAGAUUACCUACUACUACUGCCGCUGUUGGUUCAAUAAUACCAAACUCAUGCGUCACUAUGGCUGGACAGAGAGGACCAACUGUAGUUACACCGACAGGUUUAAAGAUCACACCUGUACCAGGCAGUGCUGUUACAGGACGGACGGCAACUAUCGCAACUGUAGCACAACAUUCCAGUACAGUUAAUCCAUGUGGUCCGACGAUCAUUCGAAGUUCAUGUCCUCCGAUCGCUCCGAAGCAACACCUUAUUACUGUUGGUGGCAAGCAGGUUGUUUCUGCAGUUUCUGUCGCAAAUAACUCCGGUGUAGCUAAUUCGAAUCCAAAUCAAGUAGUACACAUUGUAAACAAGUCAACAGGUUUAAUCAAACCUAUUAAACUAGUUUCAACCACAAAUUCAUCUUCAACUGCUUCCAAAACUAUCACUGUACAACAAGCAUCAGUUGGAACUGGCGUUUCAGUUCCGAAAGUAAUCAAAGCUAUUCCAGCAACAAUGCUUCAAAUGUCUGCGUCUGGUAAGCCUAUUUUAAUUGCUGGUGGAGGUGUAUGCCGUCCGGGCCAGACAACCGUCCAAGUUUCAGGUUCUGUACACAGACCAGCUGGACAGCAAAUAGUUAUCAUGAGUCCAACAAUUUCGGUAUCCUCAUCAACUGCUAUUCCUGCAUCAUCAAAUUUGUACUUAUCUUCUGGAGGUGCUACCAGCCAAAUAAUACGACAGGGAAAUCAAACACAGGUAACCUUAGUCCGACGGGAUCAAUAUGAUUCAACACAUGGUAAUGCGAAUGAUCCAAGUAAUACUACGUCAUCGAUUCUCCAAACUAUCCCACAAUUGGAUGGUGCUAUUGAUGAUGAUGAUGAUGUCGAUGAGGACGGUGGUAGUGCUAAAAACGAUGCUUCAUCAGCUAUCCUUUUGGAGUCUAAUUUAGUCAAAGAAAAGUUACAUAUGAAAGGAAAUGUGGAUAUUCUACAAACUGGCAGUCAACAUUCGCCAGCAUAUACAACAGAUGCAAAUUCCGAUUUACAUACGUCAUUAGCCGUGGAAGCUGCUGCUGAACUGCUUGCAGACAUUGGUGAAGAUAAUACAUCAGCGUAUUCAGACCAAAAUUCAGUAAGCGUUUCAAAAGAAACUGAUCAAGCCGUCAGAAAUUUGAUUGAUAUCAAGCCUAAUGUAUUAUCCGAAAAUAUUUCCAAUACUGAUCAUGAAAAAAAUUUCAGAGGAGAUUCAGGAUCUUAUGAAGAUCCAGUACAUGCUAAAGAUGGGAAGGAAGGAAAUGGCAGUUCUCUUACUGAUCCUUUGGAAACAUUAGCGUUAGUUGCUGCUCGCCGCAGUGGAAGUGGUGAUGAUCACGAAAAUGACUCAGUCAUCUCACAUUCUACAAUUUAUUCCAAUUCUGAUUCACAUGUUAUUUGUAAUUCAAAUUCUGGUCGAUUAGUUGCUGUUUCUCUCCCUUAUUCUCGCCUGUCACCAUUAUCUUCCACUUUAGGAGGAGGACAACUUUCUCGUUCUGUGACAGGUUUGGUCGCAAAUUCCCAUUCAAUCGCAACAACAUCUGCCAAUUGUUCUUUAAUAAGUUCUUCGACUACUGUAACACCUGGUACAUUGAUUAGUCGAGGUGACAGUUCUUGGCAUGACGUUGGCGUUAUUAAGUCGACAAAUUAUACUGUAACAAUGUAUUCAGCCUGUACAAAUGAUGCUGGUGUACAUAUGGAAGCUAUCAGUGCAUUACAAGGUCCCAAUGGGAUUGGACCCAAUGGACUAACUACACAGGGUCCUAAAUUCCAACUCGCUCCUGGAACAGCCUAUAAAUUCCGUGUUGCAGGCCUCAAUGCUUGUGGUCGAGGUCCCUGGUCGGAGAUAAGCGCAUUCAAAACCUGUUUACCAGGUUACCCAGGAGCUCCCAGUGCUAUAAAAAUAACUAAAUCGGACAGUGGUGCACAUUUAACUUGGGAAGCGCCUCAGAACACGGCGGGCAAGAUUACAGAGUAUUCUGUCUAUUUAGCUGUCAAGUCUCAGACUGCAGGACAAGAUUCUACAGAGAGCAAGGUCGGUUCUACACCUUCUGGUAUGGCAUUCGUUCGUGUGUAUUGUGGUCAAUCACCUUCAGCAACUGUUACUUCUGCAACAUUGGCUACUGCUCAUUUAGAUCUUAGUUCAAAACCUGCUGUGAUCUUUCGGAUUGCUGCUCGUAAUGAAAAAGGAUAUGGACCGGCAACACAAGUUCGUUGGCUUCAAGAUAUAUCUAAUACACCUCCCUCUGUUGCUGGGAUAAAUCCUCAAUCUAUCAAUUUCCAAGCAACAAAUGCUUCACAACCGGUUACCAAGCGUGCUUUGAGUUUAGGAACAUCACAAGAAGGAGCUUUUACUACACCAGUGAAACGAUUAAAAUCAGAUGAUCAGUUAUAA